UUCCCAAUAGCCACUAGGCCUGGUCGUCUGUCAGAAUGCCAGACAAAGUGGAAGGGGUUAAGCCCCACGCAUGUGUUAACUGUUCUAGGGCUAAGGCCAAGUGCGUCUGGCUCGACAAGGACAAUGGCAUCUGCCAAAGGUGCUCUAAGCAUGAUCUUGCCUGUUCCAAGUCAGAUUCUGUAUCGAAAAGACGACGUGGAAAGGCGACUCAUUCAAAAGUACUGGAGCAAAAGCUAGAUGACAUCAUGAACUUCUUGACUCGAGAGAAAGAUCACGCAUUAUCGCCUGUGCAACCAGCUGAACGCUCUUCAACUCCCUGCGAGGCUGGCGGAUCGGCGACGGAGCCACAAACUUCACACCAACCCCAGCCUUUAGCCCAACCAUCGGACUAUGCGGCUACGAAAAUGCUGCAGGGGUCCAUUUCUAUAGUGCCCGGGUUUGAAAUAUCAUUCUACGAAGCGGACCAGGCUCUUCAUGAGUACAGAAAAACCAUGGUGCCCGAACUCCCUUUUGUUCCACUGCCCACCGAGAAUUCCACUAUAUUGCUGAAAGAGAAGCCGUUGCUCCUGAAGACCAUCUUGUCGGUUUGCAGACCACCAUCACCUGAGAUUUCGGCUGUUUUUCAAACCUGGUUUCGACAGCAGAUUGCGGAUGAGACUGUGGUGUUGAUGAACAAGAAUGUGGAGCUUAUCCAAGCAAUCCUGGUCUAUCUUGCCUGGAAUGAUAUCUACUUUUAUGCCUUGGCCAAAGAUACAAGUCUUCUGCAGCUAGCAAUUGGGUUAAUCGAAGAUCUGCGACUGAAUAGAUCCCAAAACACAUCAGACCACAGUUGCGGAUCUAUUGUUGAGGAUGCAGCUCAGCUCAGGAAUGAUGUUCAACCUCAGCCAAACCAAACCAAUGAAGAUCAAAGGACUUUGCUGGGGGUGUAUUAUUUAACAUCAACAUUAUGCAGCCUCCUUGGCAAACGAAACAGACUAGAAUAUACGGCACAUUUCGACGACUGCUGCAAGCAGUUGGAACGUGACCAGUCCUUUACGACAGACUCUUUACUAGUGAACCUUGUGCGCAUUCAAAGGAUCACAACGAAGGUGAGUGAUUGCUACCGGGAGUCAAUCAUCAACACGACCAACGGACCGAUUGGAGGUCUUCAUUCCAUGACUGUUAUUUCUAUCGAAAAUGAGCUUGAGAGCUUUAUGAAACAGCUACCAACCGAGGUGAAGUGGAACCACCUUUUGCAAACACACUAUGCCGCAGCGCGCAUUCGCCUGUUCGAACCGUUCAAAUAUGGCGAGCGAAACCAGACAAUCGAGUUUGCUCAUAUAAGGCGCCAAAUGAUUUGGCAGUGUCUGUCGAGCACGCAGGCGCUGCUUGAAGCCUUCCGCACAGUACCAGUCCAAUCCUACCUGUCCCUCACUUUCGUAUCUAUUCUUCACGCGGCGCUGGCUAUCAUAAAAUGCUUCCGAUUGCUUACGGUCGAUGAUCAAGCCUGGGACGCCAGCGUCGCGCGGUCUAUGUAUAACCUCCCGCAAAGUCUCGACCAGCUCAGCAGGCUAUUCGAUGCUGCUAGCAGCAGUGGAAGCCCUAGGAGUGGCAUCAUACUUAACGGGCGACCUAUGUUUUCUGAAUACGCCGAAGCAUAUCGAGGUAUCGGGCGUUGGUAUUUAACAAAGGUAGACGCGAGUGCAGUUCGUUCGAGUCCAACACUGGAGGAACCAUUUAAUACAUACGGCGUAGACCCGUAUGGCUUUGAUUUCUGGACGCAGUUGUCUGAGUUGACGAACGGCCUCGUACCUUGA